AUGGAUGAUACGUUUAGUAAUCUACCAGAAGCUCUCCUCAUUCUCAUCAUAUCUUUCUUGCCAUUGAAAGAUGCAGUGAUGACAAGCGUGUUGUCCAAACGGUGGCUCAAUCUAUGGACUAAUACCAUGGCCAUUGAUCUCAACGAGGAUCAAUUCCUUGAGAUCCAAAGGCAGCGCAGGCUUUUGGGUUCCGGCCGCAAGUCCUGGGCAUUGCAUAUCAAGAACCAGGGGCGAAGACGGUUCGCUGAGUUCAUUUGCCAAAUGCUCCCUUGUUUUGAGGGACCCAAGAUCUCCAAGUUUUCCCUCCGCUUCAGUUACCAGACUGAGUAUCAUUACUGUAUGGAGGAGUGGAUCCAGUUUUCAAUCUCAAAAAAGGUUGAAGAAAUUCACCUAGACUUGUCCGACGGCGAUCUACCACCUAAUACAACGGCAUUCUUUGAAUCCCUCUUUUGUUUGCCGGAUUUUCUCUAUGCGUACAAAUCGCUAUGUGUGCUGAAUUUGGACUCAUGCAAAUUCUCACCCUCCAAUUUCCAGUGUUUCAUGACACUUAGGAGCUUGUCCCUAAGGCGGAUCAAGUUACCUCAAGAGGUAAUUGAGGAUGUAAUCGCUAAUUCUCCAUUUCUGAUCAACCUAAGUCUUAUUGAGUGUUUCGAUUUGUACUACUUGAGUGUAUCUGGUGUCCGAUUACCGCUCAAGAAGUUGAUCGUAAGGGACUGCAUGCCAUUGUCCCUUGGGAUCGAAAUCUACGCUCCGGAACUCCAAUCUUUCGAGUACUUUGGGAGCAUGGUGACCUUCUACUUAGAAAACUUGGUGAGUUUAAGCAAUGUCAUACUUGAUUUUGGACUCGAAAGCAAGUUCUAUUACUAUGGAGUGGAGCUUAGCGACCUUCUUCAUGAGUUCAAUCAUGCAAAGGGCUUGACUGUCUGUAGUUACCUUAUCCAGAUGUUAGUUCAAGAUGUGAUCUGA